GCGGUGCUGGAACAUGUAGAUUUAUUUUUGUCCAACAGCAGAUAUUGGGGCUUGACGCACGCUAUCGCUAACGGCGUUCCCAUGGUCCAGACGGGGAAUCGAUUUGACAAGCCCGACUUUGGGAGGAGGGUGGAAUGUUCUGGCCUGGGGGUUUUAUUGCCGCAACAGCCCAGACCGAAGACGGCGAGGACAGCGGUGGAACAGAUUCUGGGAGAGGAAAAGUGCAAGAACCGUAUUCAAGAGUUCAGGUGCGAGUCUGCCAAACUUGACCCCUUCGAGGCUGUGGGGAACGAGAUCAUGGCGCUA